AUGUUCCAGUCGCCUGCCGAACUCGCACGCGAGCACGAGCACGACCCGCGCGUCCCCGCCGCCAAGAUCAUCCUGCGCGCGGCGGAGCCGUGGUCCGGGCCGACAGCGUCGGCGGAUCAAGCCGGCAACGUCUGGCUCUUUGGCGGGUACGCCGAGCCGGAAGGGAAGCCACGCCACGUCGUCAACGACCUUCUGCGCUACGAUGGUGGCUCCGGCUGGCAGCAGCUCCAGGAGCCCAUCGACGUCACGCUGAAGGGUGGCCGUGUCCGCGACAAUCGGCCGGGCCCUCGGCUGGCGACCGCCUCGUGCGUCGUCGGCGACGAGAUGCUCGUCUUUGGCGGCUGGGACCCGCAGACGCCGGGUACGGGAGGCGUGAUCCUGGACGACGUGUGGUCUCUCUCCCUCGCAAAGCAGACGUGGCGCCGGCUCGCGGCUCCGAUGCCCGGCGGCCCCGCCUCUCGGCACGUCGUGUGCAACGUGGGCGGCACGGUCAUCCUGCACACUUUCCGCUGCCUCGACUCGGUCCUAGUGUGGGAUGCGGCGAGCGAGACGCUCAAGGAGCAGCCGACCAGCGGCACGCCGCCGAGCAGCCGCGGGCUGCACGUCGCCGCUGCCGCCGACGGGCACACGCUUGUCGUGUUUGGCAGCGCUCUGGCCGAGGACGCGGCUGCCGACGGGCAGAUGGUCAACGAUGCCUUCGCCCUGGACACGCGCGUCGUGGGAGCUUUGGCCGCGGUCGGCCUGCGCUCGUGGGAGUGGCGUCCGCUCGCGGCAGGAGCCGGCGAGGGGGCCGUGUCUUGCGCGGAGGCGGACCAGGACCCGUCUCUCAAGCUCGUCGGAGCUGCGGCUGCGGGCGGCGAGGGGCUCGUGCCGCGCGCAGACGUGUGGGCGCUCACGCUCGACGACUCCGGCGGCGGGGAGUGGAGCUUGCUGCUCGGCGAGGAUGCUCCGAACGCGCCGGGCCCGCGCAACGCCGCGACGCUGUCGCCGGUCGGCAGCGGCGGGCUGCUGCUGCACGGCGGGUGGCGGCCGUUUGUGAGCACGUACGGCGACUCGCACAUCCUCAAGGUGGAGGCGUGA